AAAAUCUUCUCUCGUCUCUGCUCAGCUGAACUGCAACUUCUGUAUACAGAUGAAAUAGAUUUUUUAAAGAUAAUUUUGUUAUUGAUAUUACAUCAUACACUCUCAUCUUUUACAUUUUAUAACAUUUAUAUUUUAUAACAUUUAUUGUGAAAUUAUCCAAUUAUUAGCAUAACAGCAAAUAUAAGAGUUUAUUUACAUUAAGUUAAUUUAAAAGUGUUGGCUACCUGUUAUCCAUUUUCUAGUCAACUUGUGUAAAAAAAAUCGUGUUAAAAACUAUAAAUUAAUAUUAAUAUGAAAGCCGCGAGAUGUGAGCUGUGAAGGCUUUAGUGAGCGACGUAGAUUCACGACACCUGUGUGCGUGACGUCACGUGACCUGACCUGUAGCGGUCCUCAGCGUGAAAUGAGAAGAUUGUUUGUGAAAGUUUUCCACCAACUCUUUCUAUUGUGAGUAAGAUAUGAGCUCUAAUCUGCAUGCUGCACAGGACCUUACAGAAGACACGCAGCAGCAUCAGGAGGUCACGCAGUCCUCAAUCCUCUACCUGCUUCAGGAGGCCACUAAACUCGCUGCGCCUGCAGGUGACCAUGGGUUGCCUUCCUCAGCGCCACAUGGAGACGCGUCCCGCAGCGUCCGUAAAGAGCCCAGCUGCAGUUCUUCGUCAGAGUUCACAGGAUCUUUCUCUAUAAUGCGUGAGUCCGUUAGCAGCAAUGCAUGGGAGGUGAUGCGUCUGAUAAACCAACAGUGCGAGUGGUUGCUGCGCGCUGGCUGUGGAGAUGAAGAGGAGACCGAAACAGACUCCUUGGGCACUACGGAGACCGUUCCCUUUGCCGUUUCUCACUCCUGCUGUUACGCUUCGGCCUCUGGCCCGCCUGACGCUGCUGUGCUCUAUGGUACCCGGCCUACAAAUGACCUCUCGGAUGGGAGCGAUGAAGAGGAAAUGAAAGAACCUGAUGGUCUCGCUGAGCUCAUCAUGAGCAACGCAGCAGAAAACAUCUGUAUGAGCAAGGGGAAUGAAAACCGUUUGAGAGAAAACCCAUCUGUGGUGCCUAUCGUGUCCAGAGACGAGAUGCACAGCAGUGAUCUUGUCGCCCCUUCUGUGGGCACAGACUCGGCCAUCUGCCCCGUCGAUUUCACAUCCUGUCUAGUGUCUGAACGAGAUGAUGAGAAUGCGUGGCUUGCGGUGAAUGCUUACAAAAGCCGACGGGGUUUAUCGCAGUCCGCCGAUGUCAAUAAUAAUCUUGAGGAGAGUUUGGACGAGGAACCGGGAGAGCCGCGAGACGUCAAGGAGGCACCGUCCCAGUGGCCCUGCAGGCGGACGCAGAGAAAGCAGCCUCAUCCCGCCCGGAGCCCCGACCCGCAUGAUCCCGAUGUGCUGGGCGUCACGUUCAGCAUGCACCCAGAACUGGACGCUAGCACGGAUGAGUGCAGACUGGUUAUAACCUCAAACUGCAGUGAGGAGAUCAGACGCAUCAGAAGAACGAGGAGCGGUCGGUGCAGAUCUUUCCAAACUUCUCAGAGGACCAGCAGCUCCGAGGAGGAAAGCGACUCGUGUGGAUCGUCCAGAAGUAAAAUGUGUGCGUCCUGCCUCACGAGGAAGACUCCUCUGUGGAGAGAUGCUGAAGAUGGGACUCCUCUGUGUAACGCCUGUGGGAUCAGCUCGGUGCUCUCUUGGUUUUUUGCAGGUACAAGAAAUAUCGCGUGCGAUGUCAUCACUGCUGGAACAUUCCUAAGAAAGACGCGAAGAGCAACUCAAAUUGUUUAAAAUGCGGCGAUGUUCUCAGACUAAACUCACAGCAGAAAUCCAGCAGCUGGUAGGACGCCGGCUCAGAUAAUCUCUCAGGUCAGUGACUGGGUUUUAGUCACGUUAAGUCUUUAUGGGGUCGUGUCUCUCUUACGUGACAUUAUUAUACAGCUUCAUCUAAACUGACGGGUGGUUUGAUGUGAUAUCUCGUAGUCCUGUGAUGAUACACUCAGGUUUAUUUGUUUUGUGUUGUGAACAAACCGAUUGAAUGGAUGUAACAGUUGAAAGUAUUUAACUCUGUCCUCUGUACAUGACCAGUGCUUGUUAACUUAUUUAUGUAACUUUGUGAAUUGAUAUGUUUUUGUUUGUUAACUGUCUCACGUCUGAGUGUUCUGUGCUUUAAUGCAUUAUUAUAUUGUUGCUUUAAAAUGCUGAUAUCAAAUGCUUUGGAUUGUAGUUUGUUUCACUGUCCUGAAAGUCAUUUUCAGGCACAUUAUUAAAUCAAUUCCUUUGGCCUUAUGUAGAGGUCAUUCUGUGCUGUUAUCACACAGAAAAACACCAAGUGUUGCUGAAUAAAACAAACGGUACCAGACCAAA